CGUUAGCUUUCAAUGAUUCGGCUUACCUGCACCAGCGUAUACAUACCUACCCUACUUACUAUAUAUAAUAUAUACUGUAACUACCGUACAUUUUGAGUAUAGGUACUUUUAUAUCUGUGCUCCGUCAUUUACGUUUACUUAUCUCAUUAUUUUUUCUGGUAGCGUGACUGUUAAGUAUCUGUAAACACCACAUGUAAUAUUAAAUCGUAGUGUUGUUGUUGUGCAAAUACCGUGCGGCAAAUAUUUAAAAAAUAAAAUAAAGCCAAAAGUGCGACAAAUCAAAUCAUUAUAUCGAGAGGAAGCUGAGGAAGAAGAGACUGAAAGGAGAAGAGAGUACUUGACUAAGUACAUGUGCAAACAGUCUACACUGAGUUGCAGGGGCGUGUGCGUCAUCCUGAAAGCACAUCGUCUCUCUCUAUCUCCAAGGACUUCAAGUAAAUCUAAGUGUUACUCUCCAGUGGCUUGUUAAAGUGAUAAAAAUAUCUUGAGAGAAAGUUUUGUUUUGUAUGUCGCCCUGAAUUCCUUUUUAUUUUUGGCGGGCCAUACAUUUACGGUGUAUACACCACGCACGUCAGUAUAUUUAUAUCCUGAGUCCUGGUUACCGAAAACGUUAAAUGCAAGGAGAAAAAGAGUGUGCGUUGUGCAGUACUUAUACCUACUGAAUAACAAAUACAUCUGCGGCGGAACGCGCGCCCUGUCUGGACAUACAUGUAUAUGUACCAAUAAUAUAUACACUCUGUUCUGUAUAUAUAUAACCUCUACAGAGUGCCACUUCUGUUGUGUUGUUGCUAUUAUAUUUUUGUGUUGUUAAGAAGUAUUUGAACAACUCUAUUUUGGGAGGUACAUCUAGAAAAUCAUUGGUUUUCUUCUGUCUUUACCAUCAAGGCAGCAUAAGAAUGAUUAGUGGGUCUUUCAAAUAAACUCUAACACAAUGUCAAACAGAAGGGAAAAAGCAGCAAGUGGCUUUCUGGACACAUGGUUCGGAAGGCCAAAGAGGCCAGGCCGAGGCGGUGGUUCCACGUCGAACACCUUGCCUCGGCCACACUCUGGAGACGACUUCGACGAAGUCGAGCACCAGCGCUGUAUGAUCGAGGGCAUGGACGAGGAGACGACGAACGAAAAGUUUGAGGAACUAUUGACAAAUAUGAACCUUAAGGAGGAGAAAAAGGAGCCACUGCGGAAGCAGUCCGAGAGGAAGAAAAAGGAGAUGCUGAUCCUGCAUUACAAAGGCAGUAUACAGGACAGUAGGAACAAAUUCGACAAACCGGCUGAUUACAUACAGUACCUGUCCCAACCGGACUUGAGCGUCAACAAAAUACACACGUGCAUCGAGAGCCUAAGGAUCGCCCUGACCAACAAUCCGCUCAAUUGGGUCCAGGAGUUCGGCACCAACGGCCUCAAGCAGGUCCUCGUUAUACUUAACGAAUGCUAUCGGAAAGCUUUCAUGAUAUACAAUAGCGACAGCCGAUACGAGAGGAUUCAGUACGAGUGUAUUCGCUGUUUAAAAGCGGUGAUGAACAAUACAGGGGGGAUGAAAGAGAUUCUGAACCACCACGAGGCCUUGACCAUCGUGGCGCGUUCCCUCGAGCCCUCCAAGCCCUCUGUCAUGUGCGAGGCAGUCAAGUUGCUCGGUGCCGUUUGUCUCAUUGACAGUGAUGCUCAUAAAAAGGUCCUCGACGCCAUCACCAUGAACGGCGAGUUCAAUGGCAAGGAUCGAUUUCUGCCUAUCGUUCAGGGCUUGAUGAAUAAGCAGAAUGAAAAUUUAAGGGUAGUAUGUCUCCAACUCAUAAAUUCCAUAAUAUCAUCCGCCGAAGAUCUAGAUUUCCGAGUGCAUUUGCGAAACGAGAUAACGCGCGCGGGUCUGGGCGAUAUUUUAGAAACGCUGGAAGGUGAGGACGAGUCCGAAGACCUGACGAGGCAUCUCAAAAUCUUCAAUGACUACAAAGAUAUGGACUACGAGGAGUUUGUACAGAGAUUCGAUAAUGUUAGGUUGGAGCUCGAGGAUGUCAAUGAGGUCUUUGAGCUGCUCAAGAACAUCGUUAUGGACACUGUCGCCGAACCAUACUUUCUUUCUAUCUUGCAACACUUACUCUUCAUUAGAGAUGAUGCUAUGAUCAGGCCCGCCUACUACAAGCUGAUCGAGGAGUGCGUCUCGCAAAUCGUGUUGCACCGAUCGGGCUGUGAUCCCGAUUUCAGCGCUACCAAACGCUUCCAGAUCGACGUGCAGCCGCUCAUCGAGACGCUGGUCGAAAAGUCGCGGGCCGAGGAGGAUCGCCGGUUGGCCGAGAUGACGCAGAAACUCGAGGAGUCGAUAGCCCGGAGGCAGGAACUCGAGGCCAAGCUCCAGCACGCGGAGAACAUCAUCAAGGAGUUCGAGCAGGGCGGCGCUAAGGCGGUCUCGAAAAUGAUCGGCAAGGGACCACCACCGCCGCCAAUGCCCGGAGGAGGCCCUCCGCCUCCACCCCCACCUCCACCUCCAGGAGGAUGCUUCGGCGGUGCACCACCUCCACCUCCGAUGCCAGGUGGCUUCAGUGGAGCGCCACCACCACCGCCCAUGCCUGGUGGACCACCACCUCCACCGAUGCCGGGUAGCAUGUGCCCACUGCCACCACCGAUGCCAGGAAUCAUGGGUCCACCACCGCCACCCAUGAUGCCGGGUAUGGGGCCAAGGCCACCUAUGAUGUCUGCGAACGCGGUACCGGUGCUUCCUCAUGGUAUGAAGCCGAAGAAGAAGUGGGAGGUCGAAGGCCCGCUAAAACGGGCCAACUGGAAAGCGAUCCUACCUCACAAAAUGACGGAAAAAUCGUUUUGGGUCAAAGUGCAAGAAGACAAGUUGGCCAGUCCCGAAAUACUCAACGGUUUGGCACAAAAGUUCUCAUCGAAGCCAGCUAGCAAGAAGAUGGACGAUGUUGUCGAUAAAAAUAAUUUUUCCAACAGAUCUGCUCCGGCGAAAAAAGUAAAGGAUCUCAAAGUUCUUGACGGCAAAACAGCACAAAAUAUCUUGAUUCUUCUCAACGGUACACUCAAACACGUGCCGUACGAAGAAGUGAAAAAUUGUCUGUUGAGGUGCGAGGGACCUGUCAUCAAUGACAACAUAUUGCAAGGCUUGAUACAGUAUCUGCCACCACCGGACCAACUGACCAAGCUACAAAACUACAAGGACCAAUACGAUGAAUUGACGGAAGCUGAACAAUUUUGUGUGACGGUAUCACAAAUCAAGAGGUUGCUGCCUCGAUUAAGAUCCCUAAGUUUUAUGCUGAAGUACGAAGAACUCGUUCAGGACGUCAAGCCCGACAUAGUUGCUGGUACAGCGGCAUGCGAAGAAGUAAAGACCAGCAAAAAGUUCACAAGGAUAUUGGAAGUAAUAUUAUUGCUUGGAAAUUACAUGAAUUCGGGAUCAAAGAACGGUCAAGCGUUUGGCUUCGAAAUCAGUUAUUUAACUAAACUCACGAGUACGAAAGAUAUCGAGAACAAACAGACCCUACUGCAUUACUUGGUAGAUACGAUAGAGAGGAAGUUCCCGGAUUGUUUGAAUUUCUCAGAAGAACUAGCACACAUCGACAAAGCCAGCAGAGUAUCGUUGGAAAAUAUUGAGCGAAUUUUACGGCAAAUGGAAUCGAAUAUCCGUAGUUUGGAACAAGACCUCAAGAACGCCAAAGUCCCACAGAACGAUCAAGACAGGUUUAGCAACGUUAUGGCGCCGUUUGCAAUGAAAGCUCGAGAGUCUUGUGAAGUAAUGCAAAACAUGUUCAAGAAAAUGGAUAGCUUGUACACCGACAUAUCGGAAUUUUUCGUUUUUGAUAAGCAGAAGUAUACCAUUGAGGAGUUCUUUGGCGACAUCAAAAAGUUCAAAGACGACUUUAUUCAAGCACAUAAGGAGAUUCUCAAAAUACGAGAGAUGGAAGAGAAGCAGUGUCGAGCGCGGCAGGCUCGGGAAAAAGCUGAGAGGGAGCGGGCGGCUAGAGCCGAACGCAAACGUGCCCUCGUCGAUAUGAACGCCCAAGAAACCCAGGAAGGUGUUAUGGACAGCCUAAUGGAAGCACUACAGACAGGUUCGGCCUUCAGUCGGCCAGACCAACGUCGAAAGCGGCAAACACGCGCGGCUGGUGCUGAAAGAAGAGCGCAGUUAAACAGGAGUCGUUCACGUACAGGCCUGGUUGGAACAGGACUGUUAGGAAGAGAAUUGUCCACAGAACUUCUUAGUUCUGCGUAGCAGGAGUUCACAGACGAUAGUGAGGCUGUGAUGAACUUUUUUUAACGCAAAAAACUGAUUUUCAGUUUUUAAAAUCAGUAAAUCUGUUGAUACAUGAAAACCAUAUGCCUUGCGAAAUAGAAAGGAACGACGCCGUCCAGCGAGGUAGCAGUAAUCCUCUACUGCUAUGGGAAACAGAAAGAGUAUUUUUUUCUACAACUCCAGAAUAGUUGUAAAAAGUUCAUUUUUGUUUAAGUCUAUGAACGAUGUAUCUACUAGAAAAACUUUGAGCGCUAGAUAAACUGACGUACAAUUAAAUAAGUAUAUAUAGGGCUACAGCUGCUCACGUCAAUAUAUAUUUUGUAUAAUAAAGAGUAAAGUCACUGCCAUGGCUGGUUCUGCUGCAACAGUGAAGAGAAAGCAUUGUGCCAAAAGUCCAUACUACACAAUCACAGUUUUUUAAAAACUAUCAGGGAUAGAUUUUCUUCUAUUUUGAAUACUUACUAAAAUUUAAGUAUAGACACAAUAUAUUUUGUCAAAUAAUGAUUAAAGAGCAAUAUCUUCGAUGAUUCAGAUAUCCUUUUGUAAAUUCACAAUCGUGCCUAAAACUUGUUUUUGUUAAUUUGUAAUGUUUAAGAUUUUUAUCCAUUUUUUAAAAGUGUAAUUUUUGGACUUGGUGAAUUUUAAAGAAAAUUAUACAUCUUUGUUUAACAAAUACAAGUAUCCACAAGUUCUUAUAUAUUUUUUUAUCGUGUACAAAGAAAUAAUUUAUUAGCAUACAUGUAAAGAAAGUAUACCUUGGAGUGUACUUGUGCGCAUGAGAUGGUUCUGCAGGAAAUUAGGAAAAUUUAUAAAAAUAAAAGCUUAAGUUAAGUUGAACACAUUCGAUUUUUCAAUCAGUAAUAGUACUAAAAAUUUAAUUUUGCAAAAAAUGCAGAAACAGUUAUUUCACGUGCGAGACUGCGAGUAGUAUUUGACGGGCUCGUUUGGACAAUAUUAUCAGCAAUGAGUGCUACUCGAUAAUCACUACUCGUGCUACGCUAUAUAACAAUUAAUUGGCACUCGCUACGAGUAUUGGACCAUGCAUACGCGUUAAUCUCACGAAUGUAAGAAGGUUUUUGCAAUUUUCAUGUGAAAUAUAUAUAACCAUAAGUUGUAUAUAUGUAUUUGUUUUCUAACUGUUUUAAGUUUGAUAAAUCAUCUAAGUUAAAUUAACUAAAUAAUUUUUUUUUCUGUUAAUUAUUGAUUAAAACGUAUUUUUAAUAAAAUACUUUUAUCUCUCAGUUGACAAGAGAGUACCUGUAGAACCAUCUAAAAAGAAGUCAUUUUUUUUCUUUGUCUGUCUUAAAUCAGCAGGCAACAACGUGUACCUAUAAUGUGAAUAUAAAACUUUUAGAUUUACAUCUUGUUAUUACAUGCUACUUAUCCAUUUUUUAUAAAAAUAUCCAUUUACUUGCACGGACCUAUUUUAAGUCGGAAAAAAUUGUUUGUGAAGAUAAGUAAA